CCGUGAAAAGAGUAGGUACAAAUCUACCGCCGAUUUUAUCAGGCUGUGGUCUUGAUCUACUGUGAUAGUACUGUGUCUCCGCACGGUGGCCAAUAGCUGAACUAAAAUCCUGAAACGUCAACACAAUAUGAACCAAGAAUAUAAAUGUGACGGAAUCUGAUAAUCAGAUUGUGAAUUUCCAUUGAACUAUUUAUCUUAUAAAUUAUUUAAUAAACUAUGUGUAAAUAAGCGAGAUAUAAUGCAUUGUUUCCAAUUAUUUCGGAAAUUACUCAAAUAAUUUUUUUUAUUAAUAAGUUGUUGAUGUUGAUGAGUUAAGUUUCAUAUUGAUAAAACGAUGUCGAUGCCCGGGAAUGGAAUUUUCGUGGUCCAAGGCGAGAUGGCGAUGCUGGUCACAGCAAUGCGACGGAGUACCAGAUGGGGCUCGCAUUCAUUCCCUAAUGAGGAAUAUGAUAUGUUAAUGCGAACCUUCCAGGACCUAAAGACGAUACUGUACCAAGUGGAUGACUUGCGGCUAUUAGAUCCAGCUACUUAUCUCAGCCCUUUUCUGGAAGUAAUCAGAAGUAAAGAAACAACUGGCCCCGUCACUAACCUUGCACUCUCUGCGGUGCACAAGUUUAUGUCUUAUGGUCUAAUAGAUCCAGCCCAUCCAAGUGUGCCAGCAACUGUUGAGGACAUUGCAGAUGCAGUCACACAUGCUAGAUUUGUUGGCACUGACCAUAGCUCAGAUGGAGUGGUACUCAUGAAGAUAUUGCAGGUGCUGCGCACUCUUAUGCUAAGUCCAGAAGGUGCCAUGCUGACUGAUGAGAGUGUCUGUGAGAUCAUGCUCAGCUGUUUCCGGAUCUGCUUUGAGACACGACUCACAGAGCUGCUGCGACGGUUCGCGGAGCAGUGCCUGCGCGACAUGACGCAGCUCGUGUUCUCGCGCCUGGCGCACUUCCCGCCGGAGCCCGGCGCCGCGACCGACUUCUCCACAGUGGGCAGUCUCUCUCUGAAGAAGAGAGAGAAAACUACCAAAAAGAAGAGCGCCAGUGCCCUCAGUAGUCCUGUGGCCGACAGGAAGGGCGCGGGCGGGGGGCGGGGCAGUCCUGCUGCAGCGCCCGCGGACCACGCCGAGCCCGACAGGACCGAUCCGCUGCAACGGCUUCAAGACAAGAACCUCAUCAAUGAAGCGGAAAUAACGAUAGAGCCCGUCGAGUCGGCACCCGCCUCCACCAAGCACGCGCGCCACUCCUCCAUGGACCUCGCCGCCGAGAACUCUACCAUCACGCAGCUACUAGAGAAGUGCGUCGCCGGGGAGUCACACUCCGACUCGCAGCCGGACUCGCGACCCGACCCGGACUCGCAGCCGGACUCGCGGCCGGACCCCGACUCGCAGCCGGACUCGCAGACCGACGCUCCACAAGAGUUGGACCGGACAACAGCGGCGGAGGGGGACGGCGCGACCGGCAGCAAGGCGGACCACGACGCAGAGGCCGCGGAGGAGUUCGUGAACCACAGAGGGAUCCGCUUCACUCCACAGCACGACACCGUCACCCUCCGCCCCUACGGAGCGCCCUGCAUCAGGGAACUCUUCCGGUUCCUCAUCACGCUGUGCAACCCCCUGGACGAGCAGAACACGUCGGCCAUGGUGCAGCUGGGCCUGUCCCUGGUGGGCACGGCGCUGGAGGUCGGCGUGGAUCAGAUCGCCAGGUGUCCGUCCCUGCUGCAACUCGUUAAGGACCCGCUCUGCAGGAACCUCUUAAGUUUGCUGAGCACGGAGCGGAUAUCGAUAUUCGCUCUGGACCUCCAAGUCACCUUCCUGCUUUACGAAGCUCUCCGCUUCCAUCUGAAAUAUCAAAUCGAGGCGUUCUUCAAGAAGAUCAUAGAGAUAGUGUCUGCCGACACGAGCAAAUCCAUCUACGAGCUGAAGGAGAUCCAGCUCCUCGCCGUGGAGAGCGUCGUCCAGCUGUUCAGGAUCCCUGGCUUCUGCGCCGAGCUCUAUCUUAACUACGACUGCGACAUCUACUGCGCCAACAUCUUCGAAGACUUGAUCAAGCUCUUGUCCACCAACGUGCUCUCCUCCGCCGCUCACAAUAUUCACGCGCCGUCCACGGAGGCGCUGCUCGCCGUCAUGGAGACGGUCGAGGUCGGUAUUCGGCUCGCCGACGCGCAGCCCGGCCAGGACGCACCCCCCGGCCAGGACGCGCCUCCCGGCCAGGACGCGCCCUCCCGCUCGGACGCGCCCCCCCGCCCGCGUGCGCACGUGUCGCUCGAGCUGGGCGGACUCGAUGACGUCACGCUCGCGCCCCGGGACCCGCUGCCCACGGACGCCGAGUUAGACAACAUCAGAAACUUAAAAAAGUGGGUGAGGCAGGGCACGGAGCUCUUCAACCAGAAGCCGGAGCGCGGCAUACAGUUCCUGCAGGAGCACGGCGUGCUGGCGACACCGCUAGACCCUCACGAAGUGGCCAUGUUUUUGAGGGAAAAUCCUGACUUGGACAAGAAAAUGAUAGGCGAGUACAUCUGCAAGCGCUCGUCCCGCGGCGAGUCGGCGGAGCACUGCGGCGACACGAGCGUGCUCGGCGCCUUCGCCGACAGCUUCGAGUUCGGCGGUCUGCGCAUCGAGCAGGCGCUGCGGCUCUACCUAGAGACCUUCCGGCUGCCCGGCGAGGCGCCGCUCAUCUUCCUCGUCAUGGAGAAGUUCGCCGAGCGCUGGCACUCCACAAACGGAUGUCCAUUCGCGAACACGGACGCCGCCUUCAGACUGGCCUACGCAGUCAUCAUGCUGAACAUGGACCAGCAUAACCACAACGCCAAGAAGCUGAACGUGCCCAUGACCGUCGAAGACUUCGUCAGAAACCUUCGCGGGUGCAACGGCUCCGGCGACUUCGACCAGGCGAUGCUCGAGCAGGUCUACUACUCCAUCAAGAACGAGGAGAUGGUGAUGCCGGCGGAGCGCGUGGGGCCGGUGCGCGACGCGUACCUGUGGCGCGUGCUGCAGCGCCGCGCCCCCCGCUACCGCGCGCUGCCCCCCGCGCACCCCUACGCCGCGCGCGUGCACGCCGCGCUGGCGCCGCCCGCCGUCGCCGCGCUGUCCGCCGCCUUCGAGCGCGAGCCCGCCGCGCGCAGCCUGGCCGCGCUGGAGCGCUGCGGCGCGCUGCUGGCGCGGCUGCCCGUGGACGAGCUCACGCUGGACUCGCUCGUGCUCACGCUCGUCAAGUUCACGGGCCUGCUGCAGCACCAGAGCUCCUCCUACAUCGCCAUAGGGGUGUCGCUGGGGCAGUCGGCGCGGAGCCAGCUGGCGCUGGGCGGCGCGUGCGGCAUGGUGGCGCGGCACGGCGGCGCGCUGCGGGCGGCGUGGGAGCACGUGCUGCGCGCGGUGGGGGCGCUGUACCGGGGCCGCCUGCUGCCGCAGAGCAUGGUGGAAGCCGAGGACUACCUGUCCCCGGACGGCAAGGUGUCGCUGCUGCCGGAGACCGCGCGGGGCCCGGAGUCCGGGCUGCUCUCCAGCCUCUACUCCUACAUCGCGCUCGGCGAGACGGGCAUGCGAGCUCCCACCCCGCACGAGAGGGCGCUGAUGGACGCCGCGGCCAAGUGCGUGGCGGCCUGCAACCUGCCCGCGCUGCUCGUCACCGAGACCAAGUUCCUGCCGCUCGACAGCCUGCAGGCGCUGGUGGACGCGAUGGUGACGGUGGGGGCGCCCCCGGACGCCGAGAGCCUGCAGCUCAACCCGGAGCUGGAGGACAUGGCCGUGUUCUUCCUGGAGCUGCUCGGACAGACCUUGAUACAGAACCGGGACCGGGCGGCGCGCGUGUGGGCGGCGGCGGCGGGCGCGCAGGCGGCGGCGCUGCGCUGGGCGGCGGCGCGGGGCGGCGGGCGGGCGGCGCGGCGCGUGCUGUGUGCCGUGCUGCGCUGUGCCGCGCGCCUCAUGCGCGCCGAGCUGUGCGCCGCCGCCGUGCUGCAGCACCUCGCGCUGCUCUUCACUCUGCCGCAGGACGUCUUCCACCGGCACGCCGACGUGAUAUCGUGCGGGCUGCACGAGGUGGUGCGGACGUCGGCGCAGAACGUGCACGGCGGCGCGGAGUGGCAGCUGGUGCUGGCGCUGCUGUGCGCGGCCGGCGCCGGCGUGUGGCCCGCGGACAGCGCCGCGCUCGACCUGUCCAGCCGGUCGGGCUCGGAGGAGGAGGCCGCCGACCACGAGCUGUCGCAGUCGCCGCACGCACACGGCUGGAUCCUGGUGGAGCGCGAGGCGGACCCGCCGGCGCGGGCGGACCCGGCCGUGCUGCAGCGCUGCGUGGAGACCUUGGCGCUGGUGGUGCGCGACCUGGCGCACGUCACCCCCUACAACUGCCGCGCCACCGUCGCCGCGCUGCGCAUCGUCGCGCGCGCCGCCAUGCGACACGGUCAAGAGAAGAGCCGCGACGACAUCAAGUCACGAUCCGGCUCGUCCCGGACCCGCGACGACUCCAGCGACGAGGAGACGGAGGACGUGGACCAGUACCACCUCAUCAGCAUACAGGUGCUGGACCUGAUGCACACGCUGCACAGCCGCACGGCGCAGAUCUUCGCGUGGUGGCGCGACGAGGCGGAGCAGCGGGGCCCGGCCGACCACGACCUCUGGGACAUCGCCUGGAGCCCGCUGCUGCAGGCCAUUGCGCUGUUCUGCACCGACCGCCGGAAGCAGGUGUCGAGGUGUGCCAUGCGCUACCUGCAGCGCGCCCUGCUGGCGCCCGGGCUCAGCAGCAUGGGCGGCGAGGCGUGGGAGGCUUGCUUCUACUCCGUGCUGUUCCCGCUGCUGGGCGGCCUGGGUCGCCGGCCGGACGCCGCCGCGCGCGCCAACACCCUCACCUGCAAGGUGCUGCUGCAGCACCUGGCGGCGCUGGCCUGCCGCCCCACGUUCUCGCGGCUGUGGACCCGCAUGCUGCACGUGCAGCGCUCCCUGCUGCAGACCCAGCACGACGCGCUGGCCGAGGCGGCUCUGGAGUCUCUCAAGAACGUCAUCCUCGUCAUGGACUCUGUGCACAUAUUUAGGAACGAGGAGGGCUACAACGAGCUCUGGUUCAUGACAUGGGAGGUCAUCGGCGAGUUCCUGCCGACCCUCAAGCAGGACAUGUUCCCCGACGUGCCGGACGACGUGAAGCUGCCCACGAACCCGCUGAGCCACAUGCAGUCUCUCCCGGCGUCGCUCCCCACCAUCGUCCCGCCCACCUCCUCCCGGGAUCCUGUCCAGGUACUUCCAGCACAAUCCCCUGUGUGCGGCCCCAAGUCACCGCCCGCGGCCGCCGCGCCCCCGGUCAGCGGCAUGGUGCCCAUCAGGAACCCUCUUUACGACCAAAUGGGAUUGACUUCGUCUGUUUUACUUCAGCCGUUAAACGAGAUGAUAUCGACCCCGAUAGGCGCGUCUAGCGAGCCGCCCCCCGCCCGCCCCGCGCCGCCCCCCGCGCGGCCCCCGCACUCGCUGCUGCUGGACAUGGGCGACCAGUGCUCGCUGUACGCCGAGUACCUCUCGGACCCCUACACGGAGGCCGCGCCCUCGGACCGGAAGUCGUGCAGCGAGAGUGCCAGCCCGCUGCGCACCAACAAGACGCAGUUCAGUUCGACUGACAACGUGAGAGAGGACUCUGCCACGUUUACGUUUUCCACGUACUUCGGAUCGAGCCACGAGACGUGCGGCUCUGACACAUUCGACGCGCUGCUGACCGCGGACCGCAACUAGCGCGCCGACCGCGACCGGGGGACCUGGCUGUGACCGUCUGAGCGCUCCGGCGCAAUAGAAUAUAUAUAAAUCAUUAUUUGUUGCAUCUUAAUGUAUAUACUGCUCCGUACAAGCGGGCGUGAUUUCGUAUUGACGUUCCGGAACCGCGUGUCCGCCCCGGGGUGGGGGGCAGGGCGGGGCGGGGGUUAGAUGGACCAUCAGCUCAACUUAAUAUAAUAGAAUAGAAUAACAGCAAAUAAGAAGAGAAACCUAUAUAAAAGCCCUCAAAAAAAAAAAUUAAAUCUAGGGAGAGAAAAAAUAAAGUGCCGUCUGCGGUAAAGCCUCGCCACUUUCUGUCGUUCGUCUGUUUCCUCCCGGCGGCGCCGCCCCACUGUGUCGGUGCGCCCCCCGCGCCCCGCCCCGACCCCGCGCGCCCCGCCCCGCCCCCUCGCCCCCCCGAGCCCAGACCACAUUCCACUUCUGACGAGGCACUUGUUAUGUCUAUAGAUCUAUAUUUUUGUACUUACUUUUAAACGAAUUCAUCGAAUUUACUUAAGUGAAGAAGCUAUCAGUAAAUUGUGUAAAAAAUAUUUGUAUUUGUUGAAUGAUUGAUCUCAAUCGGGAUCUUCAUACAUUUGAUUCGUUUUAAGGUUUUAUCAAAUUACAAAACAAAUACUUUUAGAGACAAUAGAUGAGUAAUCAUCAGCUCGCCGAGAUCAGUUGUUCGGACUGUCGGCCCGCAGCGGCGGACUGCCGACGCGCCCUUGUACUGCUGUUUAGUUAUUGGAUAUUGUGAACAUUUGUAAUUACUAAUAAAUUUAAUGUUGAAAUGAAA